AUGUCGAAGAAGAAGGCGACGAUGACCUUGAAGGACUUCCAUGGCGGCUCUAUUCCUUCUGAUCUUCGUCUGCCCUCUGCGCCUGGCGUAAGCGUGAGGCCCGUAGAUCGUCCUGGAUUCGAUCGGCAGAUGUCGUGGGGUAGUUCAGCAGGAAGGCCUGAACACCGAGCCCGCCCUGCCUCUGCCGGCUCAAUUAGGAACCUUGACGAAAAGGCUCCAUUUUUUAGCUAUGGUCCUCAUAUAGGCCGCAAUUUCGAUGAAGAUGAGCGUAAGCCUUUAGAAGGGCUGUCCGGCCAGCGUCGACCUGUAGUUGAUGAAAGUGUCCAUCCGCAGCACAGCCACCCUGUGGAGACUAAAGUUGGGAGCCGAGCUGCUUCAACUCCUGCUACAUCUUAUGCUGGGAGGGUUAGUGAAGUCCCCAAAGCGAGGUCUAACAAUCAAACUUCUAGCGGCAACAGCAGCUAUGGGUCGAAUUAUCCAGUCAUUGGCGGUAAUCCCGGGCAGGCAGCGGCCGGGUCGUACCCAAAUGCUUGGGGAAUAAGGAAAGAGGCUGCCGGCAUAAAAGAGCACGUUCCUGCUGCAUGGUCCGCUCCUGACGCUGAGACCAAAUUGGCCCACGCGAGUGCUCUCGAGAAGAUCUCAUCCGGCCGGUGGAACUCCAAACAGCAUGUUCAUUUUCCCAAAGAUGUCGAGGUGCCUGUGCAUGAGGAGAAAGCCUACAGUGUGAAAACACAUGAUAGGACGGAAGUGUUGGGCAGCCCGAGUUAUGGAAAAGAAUUGCCAUCUCACGAUGGGGUUAGAUCCACCGCUCGCAUGGAUUCGUACGAGAGGAACAUGCCAGUUGCUGUCGACGGGCUACAGUCGGUAGUGCCUUCAGAAUCAUCUGAACGGCCAAAACUGAAAUUACUCCCAAGAUCGAAACCGAUCGAGAAUGUGGAGCCGCCGACUGAUUAUAAGCAGACCAAUAAUCCGCCUCCUGUGGAGGAUAGCUAUGCCGUACAUGAGCCUAAAAUUUCCUUACACUCUGGUGCUGCUGGACCGGUGGUUGAUGAUCGAGCCCCAGAGCGUGCAAAACUGAAUUUGAAGCCACGAUCGCAGAUUACUGAGCAACCUGAAGGAAACAAUGAAUUCAAAAGAGGGACUGUUUUUGGGGGAGCUCGCCCGCGAGAAUUGGUUCUGAAGGAGCGAGGAAUCGAGGAUAAUGUAAGCAGUUACGAGUCUCAAUCUCCCUUGAGAGCAAAAUCAACCACGCCCAAAGCCGAGAUGUCCACACACUUGCCGCCUUCCCGCCACAACGAAAAAGCUGAAACCAAUUCCGGCUACCAAAAAGUAGCCGCCAAGUACCCGAACAGGCACCAUUCGGACCCUGAAAAAUUCGAUCAUAACAGGAGGAACAGGCCGAAUGAAAUCCAUAAGAAUAUUCGACCGGAAGUUGAUAAGAACUGGAAUCAGCAGCAGAAGCAGGAUAGGGCCCCAUCGCCCGAGACCUGGCGCAAGCCCGUGGGCCCGGAAGGGGUCGGUCACGGCCCACCUGUGCGGUACGGUAAAGCUGCUUCGGCAGUCGAGCUCGCUCAAGCCUUCUCAAAGUCUGUAUCAGAUCCCGCAGUCUCCAGGGGGGUUUCGGGUCGGGGUCAGGUGCCUUUUUCCCGGCUGACGGGUCCCACAUCGAGGCCUCAGAUCAAUGGCUACUGA